AUGGAAAGCAAUCAGGUUUCUCCCGAAGUAGGAAUGAUUGCUGAAGACAUCAGCGGCUCUGCUGGCUCGAUCCGCGAUGAAGACAUGGAAGUAUCCGUGGCAAUCCAAUCGGACUCCACUCCAGUUCUCAUCUCCCCUGGGAUCAACGACAAGAUUUUACUUCCGACUUCGUCCGAAUGUAUACUCAAAUGCCAGGGAACUACAUGCAGCGAAGCCUCGAAAAGAGACCCCAUCUCAGCAGCGAUGGCGCUGAUUGGGUUUCGGUUCUUGCUCUUUGCCGGAGGGUUUGCUUGGAUUGUUGCAAUAGCGCUCAAGGUAAAGGAGGUGCACGGGUCGAGGUAUUUCGCGUACCUGAUUGAGGAGAGAGUGCGACAGUUUUCCAUGGCAGACAUGACGGAAACAGGAAAGCUAGCAUGUGGUUGGGAGUCGUUCUUGGAGGUGUUUUCCAACUUCCUUGUUGGUGUGGUUGCUAUGGCUGCAGGAAUAUUGAGUAUGGUGAGUGUGAGGCUGGUCAAGCAGGUCAUCGUGGUGGGUGGACUGAUAGAUGCGGCUUGCAACUUGUGUGUGUUCAUACAGAUGAUGCUCGCGGUACGCAAAAGGACGGUGAUGGGGACGUCAUGGUAUGUGUUCUUAAUCGCCAUGCUCACGGACUUGUUGAUAUUUCCCCUGCCUCUGAUCCGAUGGGAAGCAUACACAAUUGAGCUGAUAGCGGCGGGUUCGCUCAUUCGAAUCAUUAGCAUUGCUGCAAGCUCGACAGUACCGUACAAGUGCCUUGCUAUCUUUGUGUUCUUUUCGACGUUGCUUGGAUUGCGAGAGGGGCUUCGGAGAAGGACGAAGAACAAGGCAGCGGGUCUCGGAGAGCAGUUCGACCAAGAAUGGAGGCAGUUGAGAGAUCUGGAUGCGAUACUGAAGCUCAAGGAGGCUGUCAGCCGAGCACAAGUUAGAUCAAGAACGACUCAAGGAGGUGGAGAAGGAGGAGGAGGGGGAGCCUCGUUCACAUGGCUCAGACGACAGUCCCUGCUGGCUCCUCUACCAUCGACCUCUACGUCUUCGUCACAGCCGAGCAUGAUAGUUCAGUACGCGCAGGAGUGUCAGGGCAAGGAUCUAGAUCAGCUGUAUGCCCAGGCGGUACUUGUGUCCCCCUUGUUCUUGAGCAAGGUACAGUCGUGGGCGGAGGCGAGCGACGGAUAUUUUCUCAUGAACAUCCCGUCGGCAAAGAGGAAGCACUACCUUCGAUGGCGAGACUGCAAAGGCGACAGCUCCAAGCUUUCUCGAAUCAAAUGGGCGUCCAUCAAGAACGCUAACCGAGCCAUCGAGAAGAUUUUGCUGUUGUGCAAUGGCGACACGUCGAAGCUGACGGAUAUCGUGCGGCAGACGAUCGUGUUCAAAGAGCUGCGGCAGCUUGUCGAGUGCGUGGAGGUCAUCAUCAAUGACUCGGAAGUGGAGGUGGUGAGGAUCAAGAACCGGCUCGACCCGGACUACGACGCGUCGACGUCGGGAGGCUACAGGGACGUGGGGAUAAACUUGCGGGUGAUCCACGAGGGGGCGAAGAGGUGGGGGGUAGCUGGGCACGUCUGCGAGUUGAGACUGACGGUACAGUCGCUUCAUUCCCUCAUGGACUCACAGAAUCAUACGCUGCAUUUGUCGAUGAAGAAUGUUCUUCGUUUCAGGCAAUCGCAAGGGGAUGAGAUAACCAUGAAAGAACAGCAAGGAGAGAGAAUGCAGGAUAGGAGGAGACGGUCGUCGUCGACGUUGGAGACAUUGCUUCCUACCCACAUGUCAAGCUCCAUGGGUUACUCAAAGUCCCUCGCGCAGGAGAAGUCCGACAUUGCGCUGCUGAUCUACAAGAGCAUGUAUCCCGGCAACAUUCUGGACAAAUACCUGACGUCGUCUGGUCAUGGUGUAGCCAAAGCUGACACGACAAGCAUUCUGUACUCGUCCCACCCGCUAAAGAAUGUCCUGCACAAGACUCUGUUCCAGCUGCUGCUGCUGCUUGCGGGGAUUGGUUUUAUCAUCCUUUGCAGCAACAACUUUCGUUUAAAAUCACUCUUCACAAAUCACAUUGUACCUUUUGGGCACGCAAGGAUCACAUUUGAAGGGUAUGUGGACGCUAACGUCUCUAUCAAAGACCGUGGUAUGACGAUCGAAGACUUCCUUCUUGUCAAAGAUACAUGCCACGUGUACAACUGGACUUCAUCCGUGACAGUCGCGAACAAGGUCUUCUUUACAUUCCCUCAUGUGGUCUAUCCCAAUGGCUUGAAGUUUAAGCUGACUCCAGCGCUCAUCUCGUACCUCAAGACAGAUGCGCUCGCUAUCGACUAUCUGAGCGCGGAGGGCAUUGAUGACGUGACAGUUGCAAGAAUGGAAUGGCAAUCAGUCUCUCCUUCUACGGUCAGCUGCAAACGGUUUCCCUCGUUGCCUCUUUGUCAUUCAGAAUUUUUGCUUCAUGCCGACGAAUCUCUUCUUAUCGACUUGCGCUUCACCUGGCAAGCAAUCUGCAUAUUCCUCAUUGCGGUGUUUCAGAUUUUAUGCUGUCUAGGAGCCGCAUUCUUCGCUCGGCUCGGAAAGGUUCGGCUUGCAAAGUUCGCGUUUACCUCGGCCUUCCACCUCGUCGGGCUUUGUGAGAUCUUCACUGCUUUGUCCCCAGAGUCUCUGUAUGGCAAUUGGAAAGACUUUUACAUGGCAUGGGGAGUCCUCGACGUGUGGGUGGGUCUUGUGGUUCAGUUCCAAGAGCGCUACAUGCUCAAGGCCUUCGUCGUCUACUGCACGAUCACGGCGUUCUUGCCUCCUCUAGCUCAAUACAAUUGGGAUGCGUCCAAGCUCAAGGAGUCAGACAUCGGGUUGAGCAGCCUAGUCUUGCUUGCUCUGGUUAUCUUCUUCGUGUUGAACAGAAGGUUCAUCGUCUACAAGUCUCGGCGGCAGAUCAGAGGAGACCAGAAGAUGUACGACGACUGCUGGAAGGACUUGCUAUCCCGGGAGCAAACUGAGCAGCUCUUGAGCUCCCUCAAGAUCACCUGCGGAUGGGUAAGGCCGCAGCCAGCGCUGCAGUUGAAGAUCUUCGAUGCCUUGUGCGAGGUUGAGUCGACGAUUCUUGACCCGCUGGAAAGCGUUUUGAGAAGACAAAAGAACAGCAGCUUUGCUCGAACUUACUUGAAGCGUUCAAAGCUGACGGUCAUGAGGCAGGACAGGGAGAUUGAGUCCCUCGACCAGCUGUACGCUCAGGCGAUUUUGUUAGAGCCCAUGUUUUUGAGCAAGGUUCAGUCAUGGGCAGAGGCUAGUGACGGAUGCUUUCAGGGGUUGGAAGGAAGCCUCAUUCGCUGGAGGGAGUGCGCAGAAGAGGCUGAAAAGGCGUCACAGGUCAAGUGGGCGUCCAUCAAGAACGCUAACCGAGCCAUCGAGAAGCUCGUCAGGUCUUACUUUGGGAGAGUCUCGAAGCUCACAGACGUGGUCCGUCAGACGAUCGUGUUCAAAGAGCUGCGGCAGCUUGUCGAGUGCGUGGAGGUCAUCAUCAACGACCCGGAAGUGGAGGUGGUGAGGAUCAAGAACCGGCUCGACCCGGACUACGACGCGUCGACGUCGGGAGGCUACAGGGACGUGGGGAUAAACUUGCGGGUGAUCCACGAGGGGGCGAAGAGGUGGGGGGUAGCUGGGCACGUCUGCGAGCUGCAGCUGCUGCUGGAAGAGUUUGUUGCGCUGAAAUCAGCGGAGGGGCACAAGAGAUACGUGAUCUUUAGAAACUCUAGGUGUGAAUAG